AUGGCAGAGGUUCUUGGUACAGUGGCUAGUGGCAUUAGUGUUGCUCAGCUGGCGGGCAAUCUUGCCUCGAGCAUUAUUAAGCUGAAGAGUUAUUGGGAUCAAAUUCGAGAUGCGCCCAACGAUAUUGGCUUUCUGGUGCGAGAGAUCGAUACCCAUCACUUGAUACUUCGAAGUAUUCUAGAAAGCCAGGCUAAAAUCGCUUCUUCCGGCAGGCAUUCGAAUACGUUCCUCGAGAAUAGUUUAAAGUUAUGUGACGACUCUUCGAAUGAAUUGAACGAGCUUGUGAAGGCUCUUGGAAUGGAGAUUAACUCGAGCAAUAAAUGGAGAAGCAAAGUAGGCGCCACGAAGGUGGUACUGAAAAAUGAUCAACUCAAGAGGUUGAAGAAGAGGAUGAAAAGUGCGUCAAGAUUAAUGAAUCUCGCUAUCACAUGGCAAACAAAUGCCACUCUCCAUCAACAAUUUCCAGUCUUCGAGUUGAAAAUACAGGCUUCUCUCGAUCAGUUUUUGAUAAACCAUCAGAAGCUUAUUUCAGCACCGCCAUUGUCGAAUGCAACCACCCAGAUUUCCACGAUGAAUUCUCCAUCGCCACUUAAUAAUGCUGCAACAAUCACACAUCCACGGAACUUCAAAUGCGACAACAAUUCAACCUCAUACUCUGUAACCAAAGAUUAUACCCCAACACUGGUUUAUAAUCAGGUUUACUCGUCAAGUUGGUCUCUCUAUCCAAUGGGCUCUAUUGAUGUUCGAAAGACCCAACAAAAGCGGAAAAGAAAUCGGUUUGAAGAAACAGAAGCGAAAUACAAACCCCCAGUAUGGUUAUCCAAUAGAGCAUCAGAUUUUUAUAAAGCCCUGAAACACGGGGAUGUUGUUGGUGUACAAGAGAUGUUGGCAAAUCGAACUGCUUUUUUGAACGAUCAGUUUGUGGGAGACUCUCGUACAUGGGAUUGGAACCAGGGUACGCCUCUACAUAUAGCUGCCUCGCACAAUCAUCUUGAUUUAUGUAAGCUUCUCCUGGCGAAGGGGGCAGAUAUCUCAAGCGAGGAAGCUCCAUAUGGCAAAACACCAUUAGGAGUAUUUAUUUACAAUACCUCUGUUGAGCAUACUAAUCAUAUUCAUCAUACUCAUCGUACUAAAGCAUCUGAUCAUACUAAAGCAUCUGAUCAUACUAAAGCAUCUGAUCAUACUAAAGCAUCUGAUCAUACUAAAGCAUCUGAUCAUACUAAAGCAUUUGAUCAUACUAAAGCAUUUGAUCAUACUCGCGCACUUAUUAUCCUACGAACCCUCGUCGAAGCAGGGGCAGAUUUGGAGCUUAUUGAUCAGACGAACAUACUAGCUACCAGUACUGGUUGUCCUACAGAAAUUUUUCACUACCUUCAGCACACGUUGAUGAGCUCUGGCGAGAUAAGUUUCAUAGAUAAGGUGCGUAUUGCUUCGAAUUCUAUUCACUAUUAUAGUGUGGUAUCUCAAAAUUUGGCAUUAUCCUAUCUUGAAGAUUCUAAUUUUGAGGCAAACAUUGCACUGUAUCGUGAUCAUGUUGUCGUGGAAACAUUCUUUGUACUAGCUUGUAAAGCAUAUUUGCGAGAUAAUUUGAAAGAUAAAGGGGUGGAAUUCAUCAAGAGAACGAUAUCGGCCGGUAUGUCAUUGCACGCAUUGGACAAACUUCGCAGAACAAUACUACAAAAUAAAUUUAUGAGUUACCGGAGAAGACUUGACGUCCAAGAAGGAAAAUUUUGUGGCUUCAGGAGGUGGCUUGUAUUUUUGGUCAGUUUAGGUGUCGAUCUAAAUACAUACGGCGAAGUAGAAUCUUCAAUUUAUAAGAAGAGAAGAAUGGCCCGAAAAUUGGAUGCCCCUGAGAAUUGGCUGCUGGAAAGCUUCUUGGGAUUCAGGUAUGGACCUCGUAUUGAGGAUUGGGAUGUGUGGUUGAUCGAACGGACGGAUGAAUAUGCAGGUGAUUUUUGGAAACUCAUUGAGAAUCCACUUCAAGCUACUCUUGCAAAUAUAUCUAUACCCGGGGGAUGGAUUGAUUAA